AUGCUUUCUCAUUACACACAUGAAAAUCUCAUAUCUCUCCUUGGAUUCUAUGAGGAAGAUGGUGAGAAGAUCCUUGUGUAUGAGCAUGCAUCACAUGGAAGCCUUGAUCACCACUUAAGUAGACCUACUCUCACAUGGAGACAACGCCUAGAGAUAUGCCUUGGGGCUGUAAUGGGACAAUGCUACCUUCAUGAUCCAAAAGGGACACAACAAAGAGUUCUCCACCGUGAUAUAAAAAGUUCCAAUAUUUUACUUGAAGAGAAUUGGAAUGCUAAAGUUUCAGACAUGGGACUAUCGAAAAUUGGACCUGCUAAUCAACUGCACACCUUUCUUCUCUCCAAUGUUGUAGGCACCUUUUGGUAUUUAGAUAUGAUGUAUCUGGCCACGAGCAUUCUAACAAAAGAAUCAGAUGUAUACUCUUUCGGUGUGGUCUUAGUUAAAAAAUCACGUGAUGAAAGGCCAAAGAUGAAUGAGGUUGUGGAAAAACUUAAGAUCGCUCUUCGAUUUCAGGAUAUUUUUGAAGAAUCAAUGAACAAUGAAGAGAUCAUUAAAAUUGCGGUACCUCCUCUUGUCUAUAAAUUUUUAUAG